UAAGUUUAACAGAGAAGAUAAGUGGGCCUCAAUAGGAAGUUUGCCAGGCUUUGUUCAUAAAAAAACAAACAAAACAAAACAUACCAGUGACUGAGCCUGCACGUAUGCAGAACAAUUACUGGGCUAUAAAAGUUAUGUAUGUCAUGCAUGAUCUGAAUUUGAUGGGGGGAAAAGUGUGGAACACCACUCCGUCCGUACAGCAGUGACUCAGUCAAAACAACAGGCCUUUUGCCAGAUGUUGUUUCCCCACUUUGCAGGAGCCCACAGUCCCACAUGAUGGGGCCAUGGGAAUUAAGGGAAGGUUGCAAAUGAAGGAGACGCGCUAAGCGUGAGUGCUGCCAGGUGGAGGCGAUGUCGCUCCUCCUCUCCUCUCUCCUCUCCUCUCCUCUCUCCUCUGCUCUGCUCUGCUCGGCCACAGCUUUCAGUCUGCUGGGUGAGAUCAUUACCAGACACCAGGCUCCGGGACCUGACAUUCACCGAUCGGAAAAGCAGAGAGAGAGAGCGAGACAGAGAGAGAGGGAGAGAGAGAGAGAGAGCGAGAAAACCCUGAUCCGAUGCAACCGGCGAGGGGAAAGCGACCCAAACCACCGUCUCCUGCCUCGGCUCCCCAGUCUCCUGCACUGACGGCCCACGGCGCGGUCUCGUCGCGGACAUUUUCCCGCUGGAUUUAGGCUCGUAGUCGGAUGCGGGCUUGUUUUGACUGCAGUAAUAGUCCUGCUCGCCCCCCUCCCUCCCUCCCUCCCUCCUCCUCCUCCUCCUCCUCCUCCUCCCCGACAGACCGAGUAGCGGAUUUGCGAGGGAUCUGAGCGCUGUGCAGCUCCCCGAGUGACCAGCGAUCCUGCAAGGCGUCGGAGGCGCACUCUGCACCGCCGCGGCUCCACACCACACGGGUCAAUCCGCAAGAGUCUCUAAAGAUCUCGUUUCUGCGAGGAACCGGACAGAAGCGCCAAGUUUCCGAUUGGAUUUUUUUCUCUCUCUCUCUCCUGUGCGGCUACCUGCCUCUGUCAUCAGCUCGGCUGCAAAUCCUAUUUUCGCGUUUUUUUCUCUCUCUCUCUCUUUCCAAAGCACCGUUGACGCCAUUUUCCUCGGGGUUUUCUGUCAAAAAAAAUAUCUACAUAUAUCCUGGCACCGUUUGACAGCUCCCCGGGAGGCUGUCAUCCCAUCCGUCGCUUGUGUAAAAUGUGUCUAAAUGGAUUGUAAAUGAUCACGAUAAAAUAUUUACACGUUAGAGCCGAGUGUGUGACAACAUUAGACAUGGACUGUCCCUGGCUUCGCUGUGUUCCUGUUGGACAACCAACCCAACCCCAGUAGCUGAUUGACAACAACCAACCAGCCCGACAGACUACUGUUCUCUAUCUUCCCAUUGGCUGGCUGCCACAGCUUCCCCCAUCCUUACUGGCUCUGGCGGGAGCGUGGAUGGAGCCAAGGGAUCUGGUUGGCUUGGCCCGACCCAAAGAGGCGGAGUUACAGGGAGGCAGGGUGGGGCCAAAUGAGGAGGACCAGAAAGGAGCAGGGGGCAUCGGUUUGGCGCGCAGUGAUGAUGUGAUUAACGGUGCCAUCAGCGAAGGGGAGGGGUUAGAGGAGCAGGGGGAGGGGCUUCUGGAGGAACAGGAGUUCUCCAUCAAGGAAGCGAGUUUUCAGGAAGGAAGUCUAAAGCUGAAGAUCCAGACCACCAAGCGCACCAAGAAGCCCCCCAAGAACCUUGAGAACUACAUUUGCCCACCAGAGAUCAAGAUGACCAUCAGACCUCCGGUUGGAGAGGGCAAAGGGGGGCGGCAGGGAAGAGCAGUAGGCGGGGCAGGAGCAGGGCGGGGCCAGAAAGAUGACGAAAGAGGACCCCCCAGAAAAAGGACAUACGAGCGCCAGUUCAGAGUGCCUGAGCAGAGAGAGGGAGGCCUGCUGCAACUACUGGGAGAUCACACUCCACCCAAACACCAGCUUCGCAGCUCAGUCCUCCCUGCACAUGCACCCUCACACACACAGCAAACACAGCACACUCUCACGCAACAAUUCCAACACACUCAUGCACACCAACACCAAAUCAAUCCAGACUGGAUCACAUCUUCAGCACCUUCUGCGUCCCCAGCCAACCCAGCGGACCCUGAGCCAGCCAGAGAACUGGCAGGAGCCAGUAGGAGCUCUUUGCUCGAUCCAACACAACCUUUCUCACGAACAGCGGCACGAAGCCCCUCACCUCAGAGAUCUCUGACUCCAGACCUGCAGUUGCCAGUAGUUACAGAUGCCAGUAUUCUCAACCUGACCUCUCUCAGCAGGGGGAGGGGUUUGCAAGAGGUCAGCGAACAGCUCUUUGGGAACAUCAAGAGGAAAUACGGCAGGAAGGACUCCCAGAGGAUGCUCUGUAAUCCCCAAAGUGCUGAUACACCUUGGGGACGACAGCCUGAGAAGGGAUCUGAGAGCCCAACCAAUUCAGAGGAGAGGCAGAAGUACAGGCAAGAGGAGACAGCUGAGCGAUUCCAUGAAGAAAGGGAGGAAAGGAGAAAAGAAGAAAGGGAGCGAGUGAUUGCUGGGAGGAGAGGAGAUGAAGAAGACAGAGGGCUGCCCAUGCUGGCAGAGGAGGGAAAAGGAAGAAAGAGGCGGAGGAGGCCUUCUUUUGACGAGUCAUUUUCUGUAGAAGAGCAAUCACAGCAACAGCCGGACACUGACACUACAGAGAAACACCAGCCUGGGCCCCCAGAACCCAAAGUAGCACAUAAGAUGGACACUCACAAAAAUGAUUCUCGGCUUUCAAGUCAGGCUGAUGUCAGUAGAGAGAGGAUAGAAAAAGCAGAGAGAGCAGAUAAAGGUGAUAAACGUGAAAAAGGAGAAAGGAUAGACAGGGCAGACAGAGCUGAGACAGUCACAAGUGGGUCUGACCCAGAGUCAGCUUUGAAUGCAGGCAGAAUGAAAAAGAACCCUGUGGGUCGCCCUAGGAUCAACACAGACGCCCUUAAACAUAGAGAGCUUCCUCACAAUCACAUCAACAAACCCAAUCUUAACACGAACCCUAGACUUCUGAGCCCAAACCCAAGCCCCAACCCCAGGGGUAGCAUCAGCCCCAGCCCCAGCCCUAAAUCAAGGGCAAACAUUAGCCCCAUUCCCAGCCCUAGACCCAGUGCAGCCCUGAGUCCGAGCCCCAGCCACAGCACCAGCUCAACAGCCAGUUCCAGAACAGCCAAGGCCAAGGACAGAUGGUCCUACCUGAAAGCGAAAAGCCAUGCCAGCCUCAUGUCACCCCAGAGAGACAACCGUGGUAGCCCAUCGACCUUGGCUGACCCACCGUCUGCCUUCCCCAUCACCCCCGCUAGCCCCCUCUACACCAACACUGACAGCCUGACGGUCCACACACCCAUUAAGAGGAAACGAGGACGCCCCAAGAAACAGCCACUCUUGACAGUCGAGACCAUCCACGAGGGUACCUCCACCUCACCUCCAAGCCCGCUGGCACAGGAAACCUCUGCAGGGUUUCACCGUAGGAGGAAGACACACGCACUAAACACAUUAGUGCAGAUGGCCUCCACACCCACCAGCGCCAAUUCUAACAGUCUGAAGCUAAAGCGUGGCAGGGGCUAUCCCAGGCCACUGAACAAGCUGAAGCUUGGCAAAAUGCAGAGCAUCCUGAAUGAGAUCCUCUCAGGUUCCAGUCAGAAUGGCACUCUGGGUCUGAAGUCAUCUUCUGCCCCCGUUACCUCAGCUAUGACUGCCAUGGCAUCCACCAUCGAGGCCCGGCUGGGAAAACAGAUAAAUGUCAGCAAGAGAGGAACCAUCUACAUUGGUAAAAAGAGAGGGCGUAAACCCAGAGCAGAAACUCAAGGCUCCAACCCUCCCAAAGCCACUAGGGACAAGCCCCCGCUGUCUGUCUCCGUAUCCAGUCUGUAUGAGAGCCCUGCAGUGCCUUCCACAACCUCGUCUCCCAGCUCCAGUGCUCCAUCCAUGAGAGCCAGCCACUCUGAUGCCACUAUGCCCAGUUUGCAGCCCAUCUCAGCCCUGCCGUCCAAGCCGCUAGGCAGGUCCUUUCUCUCUGGGGGAUGGAAAUUAUCUCCGCCACGCCUUCUGGCUAAUUCACCUUCCCACCUGUCAGAGGGGGCAUCAGUGAAAGAGGUGACUCUGUCCCCCAUCAGCGAGUCCCACAGUGAGGAGACUAUUCCAAGUGACAGCGGGAUUGGGACAGACAACAACAGCACCUCAGAUCAAACUGAGAAGGGUCCCGCCUCUAGACGCAGGUACUCAUUUGAUCUCUGCGGGUUUGAGACUGCGGAGGCAGCAGCCCUUGAAGCAUCCAACAGGGGCAGCAGAGCACGCUGUGAACGGCAAGCAACUGCUGUUGACAACUUCCUGUCACAGCAGGAAAAGAAGCAAAAACAUCAUCGGCGGAAGAGGAAGUGCCUACAGAGCCGGGAUCAUCUCCACUUUCUCUCUGAACUGGAGGAGGUUGUGUUAAAGCUCCAGCAGCUACGAGUGUCUCACAGACGAUACACCUGCUACCCUCAGCAUCCCUAUCCAUCCAUUUUCCGCCUCAACUUCCAUCACUACUACCCUGUUACCUACGACUCCUACUCCUGUGACUCCAGUUCGUACCUGCGGAGGAGUGUUGAUCUGAAGGCUAAGAGGAGACGUGGCCGUCCAGCCAAAGCCAGUGAGCCUAUCACAUCAAAGCUGCCUUUUGUCCAAGGAUAUGGUUAUCCGCUGGCUGGGGGAAAUUACUAUGCAGCACCGUAUGCGAUGCCUUACGCACCUACUCUGAGUCUGGGCUACUUUCCCCCUGCUCCACCAUUUUACCUGCCCCAUCACUCACUUGGUCCUGCACCUCCAUCUCCCUUCAUGAGGCCAGCUGUCCCCCCUCCCAAGGCUUUCCACCCCAGUGGACACACAAAGCUCCAGCCCGGGGCCAAGAUUCGCAGCGCCAGUGGUCCACUCCAGGGGCCCUCUGUUAGAGGAGAGGGCCUUGGAUCCCUGGGCAGUGGCAGUGCGAGUGGUCUUGCAGGGGUUCGCCUCCAUAAGAGGAAGCACAAGCACAAACAUAAGCACAAGGAUGAGCCCCUCCUCUCACUGCGAGACCGGCAGGAAUUGGGUGGGCUCUUCAGUGGAGCCAAGACCAAUGCACGUCUCAGCAUGCUGAGUGAUCGGAGGGACUUGGCCAGUCAGGGCUCUUCAAAGCAUCUGGAGAAGCAGAGGGGCAGUGGUCGGGGCUCGAGCAUGGGAUCCAGCUUAGGGAUGUUUGAGUCGGACCAGCUGUCCACACAUUCUCUUGCUGACAGCCAGUUCCACUCCCGUCAGACUCGACAGCCAAUAAACAGCUUCGUGAGCAGCUACAGUAGCCAAUCACAGCGGACAGAAUCAGCUUCAGACAUCUUUUUGGGGUCACGGGAGGACGAGUGUGGUGGGAGGAGCAGGAUGACGCGGCUUGCUGUUUUUGGAGAUCAGGGCUUAAUGUCAUUCCAAACUGCCCGGCAGGAGCCAGGACAGGUGAACAAGUGCUCCAGUCCGCCCCUCACUGGUGUUCCCAGUAAGCGGAGGUAUAAGCGACGCGAGGUGGAACAGAUCCAGAAGGACGUGAGGAGGAUGCAUUCUUUGAACUUGGAGCAUGUGCAGAAAAUCCUCCGUGCCAAGCGCCUGCAGCGACAAGCCAAAACAGGAAACAAUGUCAUCAAAAGACGGCCCGGACGGCCCCGAAAACAACCCAUAGAGGAAUCAGAGCCGACCAACAGGAGGGAGGAAGAUCGAGCUAAUGGUCAAGGUUUGGACAUGUUGGCCGGUAGGAGAGGUGAUGGGAGGACACUGGGGAUGCCUGUCCUGGAAAGGUGCGAUGACCUGCCAGGUAGGCAGAGCCUCAGGCAAACCUUGACCCCCGGGCCUCUGGAGUUCUCAAAUCAUGAUUCUAUCUCAGCAACAAUUGAGACAGUGGUCCAUAAAGCACGAUCUGUGCCUCCAUUGGCCAAAGGAGUGAAACGCAGAGGAAGGGGCCACAGCAGGGACGAGUUAUGGUCUCCUUCCAGUCAAUAGAUCUGCAGGAGAGUAACAGAGCAGUUAUUGGAGUCAGUGCUGUUUCAAGCCGAUCAGAUGCAGUGCCCUAAAUUCUGGGACUCCUUGGUGCACUUUGACUUGUUUCUCCUCUCUGAUUUGUGAGGACUACAGCGGGUCAGUGGAGGAGCAGGAGGAGGGAACACUUCGGUUCCGUCCCUCUGUCUGCUCAACCCGACCAGAUAUGAGCCUUUUAAGGAUUCAUUGGACCUUCAUUUACAAUGGCACUAUAUGGUACUAUUUGAUACUGAAUCUGAUGCUAUAAAAUGUGUGGUACUUAUGAUAGUGUAGGAUAUUAUGUGAUUCUUUAUGUAACUGAUACAGUGAUGUUUAUGGUACUUUAUGAUACUGUAUCUGAAUGUGGCUUUAGCCAUAUAUUUACCAGCAAGGGGAGGGGGAAUGGUUAAUAUUAAACUGUGCAGCUCUGCUUAUUUUUUGCCUUUCUGAGGAAGCUUGUCAAAGACAUGUGGGAUAAUGCAGCAGUAAUUAAGCCACCUUACCCCAUUACUUAUCCCUGUACUUUGCUCCCAUCCCCAUUUGUACCUUCCUUGUUUUCCUACUCUCUCAGAGAAGUAACUCAUUCUUGCUGGCAGCUCCUCACCCCCGUCCCUCUUCCCUGCUUGGCACUCACCCCAAUUCUUUAGCCCUCCCUGGUGCCUGCCACUCAACUUUAUCUCCCUUUGUCAUCUCAUCUACUCCCAAUCAGGUUUUACAUCUCCCAUUGCUUGUGCUCCCUCAACCUACUCCCUGUCUCAUUUAUUUCUCCCUCCCUGCUCAGGCCUGUCCUGAGCAGUGACAUAAAGGCAAUAUGGUGGAUCAGACUGUCCUAGAUUGUACAUAGAAACAAAGUCCACUGUUGCCUGCCUUGUACAAUGAGAAACCAGCUCAUAGACAUGUACUGGCAUACAGUAUAUCAAAUAGAAUUGUUGUACCAUAGACAAUGAAAGUUGUGUAUUGUUUUAUAACCAAAAACAGACAUGGGUGCGACUCAAGACAAGUUUGUUUUCAGACAGAAGAACCACAUGUAUUCAUUCAUACACACAUUAUUGUGUUUAUAUCCAGGGGGCAUUGCAUACAGGAGGAAUAUCAGGUGUGUUUUUAGUAAACCUUAAAAUUGGUUUAAUGCACUAUGAAAAAAACCAUACACUUGCAUCAAUCAAAUGCAGCACUUACAUGCUUGACCCAGCAUUAGUUUUUGGCCUUUGAUGGUGUGGAUAUCCAUUCCAGAGAGCAUGCAUUAUUUUAAUCAAUUUGUAUAUGCAGGCUGCGCAGCCAAAAGCGUCAAACCGAAGCCCGAGUUUGAAUCGUAAUUGGACAGUUCAGCUGAAGAGGGCUCACAGUCAGUGUUUCGAAAAGCUAAUCCCAGUCUUUUCUCCUUAACAUGAUUUUCAAUCCAUAUCCUUGGAGAUGUUUUUUUUUUCUAAGUAAAUCCAGUAUUUAGAUUUAGAAACCAAAGUCUCAGUAUUCAGUGUAAGGAUGUAAUAUUUAAAAGAAUCUAAAUCAGAGUUUGACAAACUCUCCACCAUGUUGGCACCAAUGUAAAGCAUUCCUAUGUGCACUCUAGAAUGUAGCCAUCUUGGAUUUUUUGUGUCAAUAUGUUAAGCCUUUGUUAAACUCUAUCUACAGUGUAUGAGGCUUUGGGUAGUGGUUGGUUGGUAUUCUCUCAUAAGUAUUUCAGAAUAUAAGCAAUGGAUCAGUGUUUCUUCGGCAACUUUGUUUUGUUUCAGGAGAUUGUCCUCUUUGGGUUGGGUGGGAUUCUCAGUUGCAGCAGUUCAACUUGUGCCUUAUGUUUCUUUCUCCCACCAAUUACAUUUGACUUGAGAAAUAUCAAAUGGCAAGGAGUGCCACAGAAAUUGACCCAAAAUAUUCAUGAUUGUGCAUCUGACGCGUGUCUUAGUCAUCAGAACCCUGUCACAGCUUCCAUAAUCAGCAUCCUCUGUCACCGGACACUGAGUCUGUCACUUAGCUUUCUCCUAGUUUUCUGACCCAUAUCAUCCUAACAGAACUAGAAGGGCUGGAAUACAAUAUGAUAUUACUGUAUUAAAUACACAUCACGUACCGGCAUACAUACAGCUAUACAGCAGUGUUGGAAGCAGAAAGGUCCACUGUAUCAGAUGUAUAUCUAUCCAGAGAUAGUGAUUGUACCCAAUGUCCUAGGUAUAAUUGAAGAUCAAGUACUCUGCACAGUAUUUAACCAGUUAUUUGCAACAUAUAAUUGGUUAUGUAGUGAGCAAAGGAGAGACAGAGGAGGUUGUUGUGGAAACCACAUUCUCGUGCAUUGUUGUUCGCUAUGCAUCAGGCCAUGCCUGGCAAUGACCUUAAAAGGAAUUUCUGUUCUGGGUCCACCCUUCAACAAAGAGAAAUAAGUGGUCUUAUUUAAUGAAUAAAAUGAAUUCAUGUAACAAGAAUUGUGAAUAAUACCAGUAAUAAUUUGUAAUAAGUUGUGCAGAAAGUGACUAUCAUUUCAUGAAAACUAUAGUUACUGCAGCUCUAUGCAGUACAGCCUUAACCAGAUGUAAAACUACAGUAUUGAAGUGUUUGUUGUAAAUAGUGUUAGUAUGUCCAUCCUGCAUGGAUACCAGUUGGGCUCCACUAUGCUGGGACUGUCUCCUAAAACCACAGUAGACCUUCUCUCUCUAUUAAGACUGCUUCAGACCCAAGAAAACAUUGAUUGAUUUCCCUAUUCGACAGAUUCCACUGUACAUUGACAGUUGCCAUUCCAGUCUGUUAAAUUUCACUGAAUACUAAGCUAAUUUGCCUUAUCACACCUUCAAAAGUUCUUGGAGGAUACAAGCCCCACUGUAGUGCACUCGACCAAAAAUAGGAAUCCCAGCUGACUUGCAGCUAUUUUGCCUGCAGCCAGUUGGGGCAGUGCAGUAGCAUAAAGAGUAAGCAGGAGGAUUGUGUGUGUGGGGGGAGUUCUCAGAGGACAUAGCCAAAAAUACACUCGCCCUAACAUGAGUGAGCUUAACCUUACUUUGCUCGAUGACUUUCAGUGGGUCUGCAGUCUGUUGUGGUGAAGACGAGGUCUAGAUAUGUGGUCCAUGAGGUGUAGAGACUACACGCUUGGCAGCUUCCUCCCUCCAUACUGUGGUCAGUCAGCGGUCUCUGAUGUAAGAGUUAAAGACCCCAGGUGUUGUCUGUCCUGUCCGUCUCUCCUACCAGCCAAUGCUCCGGUGCCUUCUAACACUGACAAGUAUUGUCCUAAUCCAGAGCUUUCACUCUACACAGAGACUGCAGAGGGGAAGUGGCUGUGAAUAGGGUUCAAGGUCACUGUUGUUGUAUCGUAUUUAGCAGCUAAUUUGGACCAGUGGCUACAGGAGAGCCCAAAGUACUGAUGUGAGGAUCUUUUUCUGCAGAUCUUAAAUCAGUGGUUGGGGUGUAUUCACUGUAGUCUACUCGUACCAGUUCACUACAGCAACUAGGAUGGGAUAAUAUGGCACCUAUAUCUUAAUCACCCCCCAUUCCCUUUGUAGCAUGCUGUGAUGAGUGUCCUACACACGGAGUGAGGGGUCACGCGAGGCAGAGCUUCAUAAAUGUACAUGUAGUCAUCCUCACAGCAUACGUUACAGUUCUAAGCUAUAAUGUUGUUCAAAGCUGAAAGUGCAGACGAAGCAUUGAGAAAACCAAUAAAUGUACUUCUUUAGAGCACAAAGUGAGCUCUUCUAACAGUGUGGGCAUAUUUUAGUUUGUAUACAUAGUGUAUUUGAACCUUUUUCUAGAGUGGGUUUCCUUUAUUUGCAUGCUCAACUUGAUUGUAUGCAUAAAUAUUUUAGACAAGCCGAGAAGUUGAAUUUCAAUUGAAUUUGGAGCAAGACUUGUACAUUGUUUGAUAUGUUUCUUUUUGUAAUGAAUUUUUUAAUUCAUGAAGCAUUUUUGUACAUUGUAUGAAUAUUAAAAACUGCAAAUAUUUGACAUAUAGAGUAAAUACUAGAUGCGCAUGCAUAUGCAUAUAUCCUUCACAGUAUGUAUGUGUAAAUGUACACAUAUAUUUUGUAUUUGCAUUUGCUGGCAUACAGAUAUAUGUCUUAAGCACAUAUAUACAUGCAAUAUAUAUGUAUAUACAUGUCCGCUGGCAUGCUUUUGGUCAUGUUUAUCUUUCAUGAUCUUGUAGGUUCUUUUUUUUUUUUUUAUUUCUCUUUCCUCAGAAAGAAAAGCUCAUUCUUUUGCUACCCUUCUGUUGGCUGGCAGCGUUGAGCACUUAUUAAGAAGAACUACAGUUGAAGUUGUUCAUGUUAUCCAUUGUGUGAAAUAAUAAAUGACUUUAUUGACAGCUGA